AUGUGGAGGCUACUGCAUUCGUGUUGUUGCUGCUGGUGGAUUUUCUCACUCAUUCUGCCUGCCUUCAUGUUCCUCCGGGCCGAGUGUCAUCCUGCGCUGACAGGAAGUCAAGCCGAGUCCCAAGCCCCUAUCCAAGGCCUUCGCAAAGCCAUGGCUGACGGGACACGACUCCGCAGAGCUGUCACCGAGGAGACCUACUGGGCCUACUCAGGUAUAUAUGGGCCGGAUGAAGGCUGGGCAUCAGCCUACCCAGAAUGCAGAGAAAGAAACCAGUCACCAAUCAACAUUGUGGACCAGGAUACCAAAGUAUCCACAGAGUAUCAGGAACUGACACUGGAGGGCUUCGAUACGGAAUCCUCAAAUCAGACAUCAAUGAAGAACAACGGCAAAACAGUGGCCAUCUUGUUGAAGGAUGAGUACUUCGUACGAGGAGCAGGUCUACCAGGGAGGUUUAAGGCAGAAAAAGUCGAGUUUCAUUGGGGUCCAAACAACGAAUCUGAAGGCUCUGAUCACAGCAUUAACGGCCACCGUUACCCCGUGGAGAUGCAGAUCUACAUGUACAAUUCAGAUGACUUUGACAGCCUCAGUGCAGCUCUGAGGGAGAAGAGGAUCAUCGCAGCCAUGGCCGUGUUUUUUCAGGUAGGGGGGAAGGACAAUCCUGCUGUGGACCCCAUAAUACACGGCCUGAAGGGAGUGGUCCACCAUGAAAAAGAGACUGUCCUGAAGCCGUUUGUGCUGAAGGACCUGCUGCCGUCUGCGCUGGGAAGUUACUAUCGCUACACCGGCUCUCUGACCACCCCGCCCUGCAGUAAGGUGGUGGAGUGGAUCAUCUUCAGCAGACCUGUCUUUAUCUCCUACAAACAGUUGGAGGCUUUCUACUCGAUCUUCACCACGGAGCAGCAGGACCAUGUGAAGUCAGUGGAGUAUCUGCGCAGCAAUUUCAGGCCCAUCCAGAGCUUGGACAACCGCCACGUCUUCAAGUCAGCAGUCAAAGACGCCUGGCUGCCCGACUUGACUGACAGCGGCAGCGGGCCGUAUGGCACGGAGGCGUCCAGAGUAUGCAGCAGUGCUCCCAUCAAAAUGAAGGUGCAGCAUGUGAACAGCAGUGCUCUGAUGGUGCGCUGGGCUCGUCCUGCGGUAAUCUACCACCCACCCAUCCUCCAUUUCCUAGUGUCCUACAGCUGGACGAGCCACGAUGACAGCUACGAGGAGACGCACCUCACCGACGCCAAACACAAACUGGAGGCAGUCAUAACUCCCGUCUCCCCCGAUUUGCUGUACCUGUUUCGAGUUCAGUCCAUCUGCAUGAAUGACAUGCGCAGUGACUUCAGCCAGAGCAUGCUCUUCAGAGCAAACACCACCAGGAUCUUUGAGGGGACGAGGAUUGUGAAAACUGGAAUGCCAACAGUGUCUCCAGCCUCCUCAGCUGACAUGGCUCCCAUCUCCUCUGGCUCAUCUACUUGGACCUCCUCAGGUAUCCCCUUCUCCUUCGUAUCCAUGGCGACAGGAAUCGGGCCUUCCUCCAGCGGUAGUCAAGCAACGGUGGCGUCUGUGGUGACCAGCACUUUACUGGCCGGCCUGGGCUUCAGCGGCGGUGUCAUCUCGUCUUUCCCCAGCUCUGUUUGGCCGAGCAGAGCGCCAACGCCAACCCAUAGCCGCAACACCGCACGCCAGACCACUGAACCCACCAAGCCCGCCAAAGACGCCACCACUUCUGCCUCUGCUGUCACGACAGCCAAAGCUACCAGUGAAACUGGGGGUGAGGACAAAGAGAACAGCAAGGGUCAAGGGGAGGAUGAAGAGAGGGAAGGAGAGGAUAAAGAUGAAGAGGAGGAAGAAGAAAAAGAAAAAGAGGAGAAGAAGGAGAGGAAGGGAUCAGGAGGUGUGGGGGAGGCAGGGAGGAAGGACAACAGUACAGCACAGAAUGAACCGUCCAGCGAGACACCGGAUGCAACUGCAAAAGAGAAAAAACAGACAGAACCGGAUCCAGCUCACAUGUCACCUUUAGAAGACCAACUGGAGGUGUUUACACACAAUCCACUUGACAUCAACUCAACUACCAGCACAGAGGCAGUGGAUGAAAUGGCAGAAUUCUCAGUCCCCAAGGACCCAGCAGCGACACUCAGACCCGGCUCAGGAAGGGACAAGAAGCACUGGCCUUUCUCCAUCCACACUGACCGUCCAAGUACUGGGACCAACCUGACCCACCAGACAAGAUCCGGUACUGGUGCGGGACUGGGCCGCGUGGAGUGGCUGGUACCUUUGGUGGUGGUUUCAGCUCUGACGUUCCUCUGCCUUAUUCUACUGCUGGCUGUGCUCGUCUACUGGAGUUCAUGUCAGCAACAGCAUGCGGCAGCCUCCAUCCUCUGCAUGUUCACCAGGAUGAACACUUUCUGCUCUCUGCUCUGUAUCAAAUACAGGCGCUGUUUCCAGACUGCCCACUUCUAUGUGGAAGACAGCAAUUCACCCAAGGUGGUACCCAAUGAGACGAUCCCUGUCAUCCCCAUUCCAGAUGACAUGGAGGCUAUUCCAGUCAAGCAGUUAAUCAAACACAUCUCCGAACUCUACUCAAAUAACCAACAUGGAUUCUCUGAGGAAUUUGAGGAGGUUCAACGGUGCACUGCCGAUAUGAAGAUCACAUCAGAGCACUCCAACCACCCUGACAACAAGCACAAGAACAGAUACAUCAACAUAGUGGCCUAUGACCACAGCAGGGUGAAGCUUAGGCCAAUGCCUUGGAAGGACUCCAAACACACCGACUACAUCAAUGCCAACUAUGUGGACGGUUAUAAUAAGCCCAAAGCUUACAUCGCAGCCCAGGGACCUCUUAAGUCCACCUUUGAGGACUUUUGGCGGAUGGUGUGGGAGCAAAAUACCUGCGUCAUUGUCAUGAUCACCAACUUGGUGGAGAAAGGCCGGAGAAAGUGUGACCAGUACUGGCCAACAGAGAACAGUGAAGAGUACGGGAACAUGGUAGUCACACUGAAAAGCACUAAAGUUCAUGCCUGCUACACCGUUCGCCGCUUCAUAUUACGCAACACUAAAGUCAAAAAGCGGGGGAAGGGGAACCCAAAAGCACGUGCCAUGGGUGAACGUAUUGUGCUACAGUAUCAUUACACCCAGUGGCCCGACAUGGGUGUCCCUGAGUACACCCUGCCCGUCCUCACGUUUGUCCGCAGGUCCUCGGCCUCCCAGAUGGCUGACAUGGGACCCAUGCUUGUCCACUGCAGUGCUGGAGUGGGUCGGACAGGGACGUACAUCGUCGCAGACAGCAUGCUGCAGCAAAUCAAAGACAAGAGUACAGUUAAUGUACUCGGCUUCCUCAAACACAUACGCACCCAGCGCAACUACCUAGUCCAGACCGAGGAGCAGUACAUCUUUAUCCACGAUGCCUUGAUGGAAGCCAUUUUGGGGAAUGAGACAGAAGUGCCAGCCAGCCAGCUUCACAGCUACUUUGACAGCAUCACGACACCAGGAAACAGCGGACGGACACAUCUGGAGAAACAGUUCAAGCUGGUAAAACAGUGUAAUACCAGAUUCAUGGAAUGCUUCAACGCUCAGAAGGAGUGCAACAAAGAAAAAAAUCGAAACUCCUUUGUGGUGCCAUCGGAGCGAGCGAGGGUCGGCCUAGCACCUUUGCCCGGCAUCAAAGGCACCGAUUACAUUAACGCCUCUUACGUCAUGGGUUACUAUCGGAGUAAUGAGUUCAUCAUAACCCAGCAUCCUCUGCCCCACACCACAAAAGACUUCUGGAGAAUGAUCUGGGACCACAAUGCACAAAUUAUUGUUAUGCUGCCUGCCAACCAUGAACUGGCAGAGGAUGAGUUUGUGUACUGGCCCAGUCGGGAGGAGGCCAUGAACUGCGAGGCGUUCACUGUCACCCUCAUUAGUCAAGACCGACUUUGUCUGUCCAAUGAGGAGCAGAUCAGCAUUCACGACUUCAUCCUGGAAGCUACACAGGAUGACUACGUUUUAGAGGUGCGUCACUUUCAGUGUCCCAAGUGGCCGAAACCUGACGCGCCCAUCAGCAGCACCUUCGAGCUUAUCAACGUCAUUAAAGAGGAGGCCGCCACCCGCGAUGGACCAACCAUCAUCCACGAUGAGUUGGGAGCAGUAUCGGCCGGCAUGCUGUGUGCCCUCACCACAUUGUCUCAGCAGCUGGAGAGUGAGGGCGCCGCCGACGUCUAUCAAGUGGCCAAGAUGAUCAACCUCAUGAGGCCAGGAGUCUUCACAGACAUUGACCAGUACCAGUACCUCUACAAAGCUCUGCUCAGCCUCGUCAGCACCAAGGAGAACGGCUCUUGUUUUCUGACCAGGGAUACUAAUGGGACCAUGGUGUCCAUGUCUGACCAGUCUGACCAGGCAGAGAGCAUGGAGUCACUGGUGUGAGAUUGGCCCUUCGGGGGCCCGGAGCUGAGCUAAGGGUCUUUUGGUUCUAAACCACCUGUGAGGUCUCUGAGCCCACAAUGGAGGCACUUAACUUUGUAAACUGUCAAGGAACUAUUGUGAACAAGACUUUUUGAGGCCUUUUUGCCAGACUCUUGGUUAAAAUGAAUUACCUGAUUACUUUUUUACACUGAUAAAAAGUUUUUGAUAUUUAUUUUUUUCGCCAUUUUAUGUCUUAAUGGUCUCCUACUGAAGGGUUUGCACCUGCGUUUUUGAGUUUUACGACGGCGUCGGUAGGCAACAGGAAACACUUUUCGGUCUUUUCUUGUUUGCACUAUAUAAUGUCAGUGUUACUGCCUAUACUAAAGCUGACUCACUCUGCUUUUCUCCACUCAAGCUCUGAUUUUUCUUUUUGACAUUCCUUGGCUAUGGCCCUUAUUAAAUCAACUGCUUCUGUGAAGGACAUUGUUCUGCUGCCACUCAUCAGUUGAUUUAAGACAGUGGACGGAGGAAGGCACCAAGUCUCCGCCUCAGUGACAAAGUGCUGUUCCACUUCAGCUCAGCGUGACCUCCUCCGCCCUGCUCAUUGAUAGUACUCAUACUACCACUCAUUUAUCACAAGAACCGAGAUCUUGGAACCUAUUGCCACAGACAAGUAGUGCUUGUUUUAUUAAAAGUAGUUUCCUCUUCACUGUUUUUUUUACCUUGUUUUCUUGUCACUCUCCCUCUUAUUAGCGAGUCACACCCAUGUUAGAAUACCUAAGUUGGUGUAAUAACUGCUACUGUGAAAUUGUAUUAUUAUUUCUUUGUAUAAUUAAAUUUAUGCUUUUUAAUACAUGGAAAUACUGUAUGUAUACAUAUAUAAAUAUAUCCUUAUCAUAAUAACUUUGUGAUUUUUGUACAUGUCCUUUGUGGCCUCCUGCCUCAGGCCGGUUGAUUUACCAAUCCAGUACUCACUGCUGAUUUUCAGCCAUCUGGAAGCAGACGUCCUCUACGUUCUUGUAUGCUGCUAUGUCAUCUGAACCCACACACAUAAAUACGUCCAUACAAAUGCCACCAGUAGUGAUUCUACAUUUGAAACAUUAACUUCAACAAAUGAUGCAACGAUAUGACAUUGCCUCUCUUACACUUUCAUGUUUUUUUUCUGUCAUGAAUUCAUUCUGACAGACAAGCACGAAUUAAGAACACAGACCUGUAUGUGGAGCUAUUGGUUACUCACAUGCACCUGUGUGUCUUUACAGGGUUGAAUCAGUGUGAUCCGCAGGGGAACAGCAGACUCAAAAACAAGCUCUAUGCAACAAGCUGGUUAGGUUUUAGAAAUCUGAAACAGGGUUUAAAAUAGUCUUUGGCUUCUCAGUGUUAUUCCAGUACAUAUUGACUAGACCUUUUUAAUUGUAUUUGUGUUUAUGUCGCCUGGACAGAGUAAACACUGCUAAAUAACUCUCUUCUUCUGCUUUAAAAGGUUUUCAUGUUCUUGACAUGAUAUACUUCAUCUUUGAUAAUGCAUGUGGUGUAAGAAUGGAAGACUUUCCCAAGAGAUUUCCCUUUAUUCACAGACUAGAGGUCUAAAGCCAGUGCUUUGACAAGUAUGAUGUGUAAUUUCUAGGGCUGUGAAACGAUAAGAAUUUUUAAUCAGGUUAAUCACAGGUUUCUGUGGAUUAAUCAUGAUUAAUCACAUAUAUACAUUUACAGGGCUCUCAAGACAGGCAAGAGCUCCGAGAAGAGUUGUUGACGGGGGGGACACUUGAGAGCCCUGCAUUUAUACACAGGGGGGCACAUAACUUGCUCACCAGUGCGCGCGCCAGCAUCGGAGCUCUGCCGCGACUUUUUUUCGUCCCGAUGUGCGCGCACACGCCGGCAUCCGAGCUCUGCGGCGCGCGAGACGGAGAUCGGAGUCGUGUUAACGCGACACGUAGAGACAGAAUGACAUGCUGCUGGUUAGAGACGACCAACAACAGACGGAUUGGAAGCUCAUUCUGCGCAUGCGUUAAAUGCGUUAAAAAAAAAAAAAAAUUUAUCCUGUAAUUUAAUUAACUGAGUUAACGCGUUAUUUUUCACAGCACUAGUAAUUUCACAAUGAACUGCCACAUUUAUUAGGGUUUGUUAUGAAGAGCUUUGUACACACCUGUUUUUGGAUUUAUCGAUUCCUGACUGGAUAUUGGAACGUUCUCAUCUUCCAUCUGCAUGGCCUGUAGCAGCCCCAUAUAUAGUGUUUACAAAAUGAUUGAUUAAAGUUAAGGCUCAGGUGUUUCUGAAUUUCCCAAAAGACCACAGUAAUAUGUCGACCAUGACAAAUUAUUUCAUGUAGCAUUGAAAAUGCUUCCAGUCACUGGUAUAAUAUCCAAAAUCAACUUGCGCUAAUGUGUCUCAAGUGAAGUUAGGAAAUGUGGAAGACGUUCAGUAAUCAAAUAUUGAUUUGCAAGACUAUUGCCAUGUUUAUUUAGUUUAAUGAAUAUUCAUUCAUGUUACAUUAUUGUGAAUCUGUUGAAAGUUUCAUUGUUUAUAUAUUAUAUCAAAACCAUCGAGAUAGAAUCGGAGUAGAACGGACAUUGAACUGUUUUUUUGUGGUCAGUUGUUAUGGUGACAACACACGUCAAUGCAGCAGUAAAUUGUUUUAGCAGCUUCCCGGUAAGAGAGUGGUCGCAGAGAAGGCUGACUUGGUACAUAGUUAGCUUGUCUUUCUCCACAGCGACGGGGAGUGAGGCAGAGGGACUGUUAGACCCAACACUGCUGCUGGCCACCAGUCCGCGGUUCAGAUCAUUUUAUCUCACCAGUGUAGCAUUAAAGGAUGCAUAAUUAGAGAGCUAGCUAACGAGCCAGCUAUCUGCUAGUUCAAUUCAGUUUAUUUUGUAUAGCCCAAUACCACAAAUUACAAAUUUGCUUUACAAUCUGUACACAUACGACAGCUGUCCCAGGACCUCACAUCGGAUCAGGAAAAACUCCCAAGAAAUAGAAAAUACCCUAUAUAAAAAAGGGAAGAAACCUUCAGGAGAGCAACAGAGGAGGAUGCCUCUCCCCAGAUGGACAGAAGCAAUAGAUCAGUCAUGUGUAGCUUUCUAAUUGCACAAUGCUUUAAUGCUAAACCAGUUCCUUUGUAAAAAAAGAAGCUGGCAGCCAAGUUCUCGUUUUCUCGCAUGCAAAGUAGGCUUGUAUAACGAGUGCCUCCAGAAAACCUCAAACUUUUAGCCUCUCAAUGGCCUCUUUCCCUUGUAGCUCAUCUAGCGAUAGCAAUGUGCUUUCUUAGGGUGUGCAGAUGAAGCAUCAAGUUGUUAAAUUUGACUAAUUUACUCAUGCUCUCUGUGCUUUGUAAUACUAUUUUAUUUCUAACCUUAAUACUCCACUGCUCAUAUUAGUCAUUAUUGUAAAACCAACAUAACAUGCCAUAAGUUUGUUCAGUUUACAACGCUCGAAAUGUCGAUGAUAUACUUAAAAGUGUUCGCUGCUCUGACCAUCCUGCUACAUUACUUUGAAUGGGACUUUCCCAUCUACUCCUAUUCUAUUAUUCUGACCAAAACCAGGAAGAUGGUAGUCUAUCUCUCAAUAUUUAGAAUCCGAUUUCCUUACCCUUUAAUAUAAAUACACACUACUCAUUAACCUUGUGGCCUGAAAAACAUGUUGCUCUUCCCAAUAAACUAUUCAUAAACACACAAAAACGUAAGCUUGAGCAGUCUUACCUUUAGCAGCGGUUUCUAGACGCAAGCGUCUACAAUAUAUGAAGUGUCGGCCAUAGAAUGCAGACCUGAGAGGCACAUUUCUAAUACGUCACAAACUUGACCGCAAGUGCUCUCUUUCACGAUUUUAUCCACUGUGUAUUAUUAAGGUCGUUGACGAGUAAAAACAGAUGGAGGUCCAUUCCAGAUCCGUGCUCGCUGACCGAGGUCUGAUCACCCGCUCCAAACACCCAAGGCCUUGUGUACAUAGUUUCCAUUCCUCACUCCCUUGUCUCUAGAGAUGUAUUUCUUUGGGGUUUUGUGGCCUACAAGCAAAGAACAUAGUCUGAAUUGUUCCCUGCUUUAGCUGCAGUAAACCCUUACACGCACACAUGCACACAUAUUUCCACACACAUAUUUUGUUCGACAGGAUGUACUAAUUUAGCCACUGCUUUUAAUGAUAUUCUGUGCCUUCAAAGGCAGGAAAUGAAAACUUGUGGUUUCGCAAUUUUUAUUAAAAUGUGAAAGGACUUUUUUUUUCACACAGCACAAAACAGAUAUGUGUCAAAUGCCAGGGGGAAAUGUAUUUUGAUCUUUUCGAAAAACUUUUACCAAAGACUUGAAUCUUUCCUGUGCAGAAAAACAUGUUGUGCAAGCUUUUCUCUCUUUUCUUUCUCCUCUCACUGAACGCCCAAUCCCCCUUUCUCCACCUCAAACUAUAUCUGUAUUUGUAUCAGUGUCCUUACAGAAAUUAGCUUCAAAGUCUUACUUGCGUAUUUGUUUGCUUUAACUCCAGCAUCAAAGUCCUCACAUGCAUUUAUUGUUAUCCAAAAUAAUUUGUGAUAAAGAGAUGCAUCUCAAGACAAACUGAACAGACAGAGAAGCAUUAAAGAUACAACUCUUUUCUAUUUCUGGUUAUCUUGCAGUGUUUUCUCCUUUUAAAAUGGGAGCCAUACAGGCUAAUCACUUUAAAUCUGAAAAAAACAUGUUCUGUUUCUAGGGCUUUUCUUUCUUUUCUUUUAUGAAACACAUUUUGUUCAAGUGCCCGGUCACACCACAAAGUUGCACAGCCUAAUUCAUAUGCACAUUCAAUCCAUCAAUCCAUCCAAGCUUAGCACUGUCGAGUCAGUAUGCAGCUGCUUAACGGCAUGUAUCAUGUACUGAACGAGUGAACAUCAUUUCUCAAUUCAUGCUGUUAUAAAUGCUGGUGUGACCGGAUUCUUCAGAUGGUCAUUCUGUUAUGUCUUUCUGUCUUCAUAUUAAAGCUAUUCUGAUCAUUGUGAUCAUUCCAAAUGAAAUGUGGUUAGUGUUGCCAAAAGUAAACACACACACACACACACACAGCUGUACUGUCAGUAAGAAAUGUACAUAUAUUUGUUUCCCUCUGUAACCCAGCCCUUCUCUGGAAACUGUAUGUAUUGACUGUAAGGAAAUCUUACACAGAUUUUAAAAUUCCAUCCCAAACUUAAGUCUUUUACAUUAUCUUGUGUAACAUUUACCACAAACUUCUCACAAGGUUUCCAAUCUGACACACGUCCGGUCUAUAAUCACAAACAUUUUCAAUCUGUUCCCACCUUUGGAAUUCACUCAUGGUGUCACUGUUUGUGGAGGAUUGUGUGGAAGCCAGGUGUCUGUGCAUCCAGCUUGUGGUCAUCAUCACACUCCAGUUUCCAGCUUCACAUCCUCCAUGAAUGCAGUGCAAGCAGUGAUUGUGAUAUUACUAUGUUACUCCCUCUUCUUUAGAUUAUUUUUGCUUUUGGUUUUCGCCCUCUUGAGGCUGUGAUUCUGUUGCCAGGCGUGAGCGACAGAAUAGCUCCCUCUCUAGUAAGUCACAAGGUAAUUUCCUCAUCAUUGAAUUGUUUCGGAAAGGUGGCUGUCCCUUUCUCUUUUGUAACAUGAAAUAAGAUUUCUGUUUUUGUUUAAUUUUGGUUUGUUUUGUUUUGCUGAAAGCUAUAUCAAAGCAUUCUAUGAUAGUGUUAUUUAAUAUGUAAAUGGUAUUGCUAUACAUAAAAUAAAAUAUGGGUUUUGAUGUAA